AUGGCCAAUGAAGAAUAUGUCACCGACACCAGCUCGGACUUUACCGAGUACUGGAUAGACUCGUUUUUGGGGAUCAAGGGCAACGAGUACUUUUGCGACAUCGACGACGAGUAUAUUCGUGAUCGGUUCAACUUGACGGGUUUGAACCAGGAGGUGUCCAAGAUGCCAACGUUGGUGGAUAUAAUAACCGACGUCAUAGACAUCGACUCGCAGCCGGAGGAGCACCGUGACGCGCUCGAGCACAAUGCUCGCAUUCUAUACGGAUUGAUCCACGCAAGAUACAUUUUGACGACGCGCGGUUUGACCAAGAUGUUUGAAAAGUUCCGCAACGGCGAUUUUGGGUAUUGUCCGAGAGUCCACUGCCAGCUUAACCCGUUACUACCAAUAGGCCUCAACGACCAAUCACGCAUGGCGAGCGUCAAGUUGUACUGCUCCAAGUGCGAAGACUUGUAUAACCCUAAGUCCGGGCGCCAUUCCGUGAUUGACGGGGCCUAUUUCGGCACCUCGUUUCCAGCAAUGUUUUUCCAGAAUUUCCCCAACAUGAUCCCCAUCCAUCUGAAGGACACCUACGUGCCCCGGGUGUUUGGCUUCAAGCUACAUGAGUACUCGAAAUUGAACAGGUGGAGAGAGUUGCAGCGUUUGAAGUUGGAGAGGAGGCUAAUGAAGAAUGGAAUCCAAAUAAACAACGUUGUGGGGGGCUUUCUCAUUGAGAGCCCCAAUGGAGGAGGCGUCACAAAUAGCAACUAUACAGACGAACCAAGCGAAGGGUUGGGGAAUGCUGCCAACAAGGGCCAGCUGCUCUCAUCCAUGCAGUCGCUGUAUAUAGUUAAGUAG